GGUCUCGCAGCAGCCAGCACGUCAGACACGCAGCUGCUGUUUCCUGUGUCCAGGCAUCCGCUCAGUUUUAUCUCCACGGUAACAGCAACCGCAUGAUGUCACCCCACGUCUACCGUCGCCGUAACGGCCGCGAGUACCGCAGUAUGCGAGCGCCGACUGCCGUCUAGAGUCUCCGCGCAUGGAUCCGUCAGCGCCCCUCCCCUUCUACGCUCACUCCGGAGAUCGGCCAUGUUGCCUCUCGCGCUUGUUCCGGUAUCAGGCACGAGCGUUUGAGCAGCUCGGCCGCAGUACACCACCGAUCCGCCUCCUCUGAAACCCGUUUCACCCCAGCCCCGAGGCCAAUCAUGGAUUGUACUACCUGACUCUGGAUGUUUGUUUUCGGACGCGAGCCCUCAGACGUUUCCUUUCAUUCAAGAACCGUUUGUCACCGGGAUCCAGUGAGUGGCGGAAGACGGUUUCGUGGAUCAUGAGGGUUUUUCGGGAUUGAUCUUUUCUUUUUUUUUCUUUUUUUUUGGAAACCUACCUUACGUUUGCUAGUCUUUCGUUAUUAACGUAACUGUUGGCCCUCACGGUUGUUUCUUUACAUCCGUGUUCAGUCUUGCGCCGUUUGUUUCGUUUACGGAUGAGGGUUUUCACCUUUUGUUGACACUUGUUUUUGAAGGUCGGUAAAAUUGUGAUUUUUGGUUGACCUAACAUUUGAUAUCGCUCGCAGAGUGACCCUUUUCAUGUUUUUGGCUGAUUUAAGACCUGAGAGGAUAUGAAUUGUUUUUAAACUCUUAUUCGGUUGGGAAGCAGAUUUAAAUUUCUUAAGUGAGCAACGUCUCACGAGAAGACUUAAAAUCCUUCAUAAAUCCUCCUCAAGGACCUGCCCUUUAUUUUCAACUGGAGACUUCAAAACAAGUUUUUUGUUUAUCUCCACACAUGGACUGAUGUUGGGCUUCAACUUGUUGAUCUCUGUCUGCGUGGCUAGUUCAGGCUAGCUAGCAACACGGAUCACUUCUGUCAGCUCAGACAAAUAGCCUCAAACGACAAGCUUAUAAAUGCCUGUCAACCACUGAAUACAAUCUUCCAUUUAUAUUUGUUCCUUUGGCCCUGUGUUUGAGAAUCCCUGGGAGAAAAUGUCAACCCGGCCUCAAGGAGCAGGUGUUAUUGAGAAUUCAUCCAGCCAGACCCACACUGAUGCCAAAGGAGGAGGGCGUUCCAGUGUGUCACGUAGUCGGAAUGUGGCACCGACUGUGGAUGAAAGCCCCCACAUAGGAAAUUACAGACUGCUGAAGACCAUCGGCAAGGGCAACUUUGCCAAGGUUAAACUGGCCCGACAUGUCCUCACUUCUAAAGAGGUAGCAGUGAAAAUCAUAGACAAGACACAACUCAACUCUUCUAGUCUUCAGAAACUCUACCGAGAAGUGAGACUCAUGAAGUUUCUGAAUCACCCAAACAUUGUGAAGUUAUUUGAGGUGAUUGAUACAGAGAAGACGCUGUAUUUAGUAAUGGAAUAUGCCAGUGGAGGCGAGGUUUUUGAUUACCUUGUUGCUCACGGGAGGAUGAAAGAAAAGGAAGCGCGUGCCAAAUUUAGACAGAUUGUCUCAGCUGUGCAGUAUUGCCAUCAAAAGUGUAUAGUACACAGAGAUCUCAAGGCUGAGAAUCUUUUACUGGAUGCUGACAUGAACAUAAAGAUCGCUGACUUUGGUUUUAGUAAUGAGUUUACGAUGGGCAAUAAAUUGGACACGUUUUGUGGGAGCCCACCGUAUGCCGCCCCUGAACUCUUCCAGGGCAAAAAGUAUGAUGGUCCAGAGGUGGAUGUGUGGAGUCUCGGGGUCAUACUUUACACACUGGUCAGUGGCUCGCUGCCUUUCGAUGGACAGAACCUGAAGGAGUUGCGAGAGCGUGUGUUAAGAGGGAAGUAUAGGAUUCCUUUCUAUAUGUCCACAGACUGUGAGAACCUGCUGAAGAAGUUUCUCAUCCUCAAUCCUACCAAGAGGGGAAGUUUGGAGCAGAUCAUGAAGGAUCGCUGGAUGAAUGUAGGUCAUGAAGAUGAUGAGCUGAAGCCUUACAUUGAGCCCCAACCCGACUACAAAGACCCCAGGAGAACAGACAUAAUGAUUCAGAUGGGUUUCAGUCAAGAGGAAAUAGAGGAAUCUUUCGUCAAACAAAAAUACGAUGAAGUCAUGGCAACCUACCUGCUGCUUGACUAUAGGAAUUCAGAGCUCGACGAGGGUGUCAACUUGUCGCUAAAGCCACGCCCAGGAAAUGACCUCACUAACAGCAAUGGCCCUUCUCCACCUCAUAUGGUACAGCGCAGUGUUUCAUCCACUCAGAAACCUGUCAGAAGACCAACAGAUCAGGGCUCAUACUCGAAACGGUCUCAGGGAGAAAACAAGCAUGGAGUGGAGGAUUCUGGGAGGAAAGGUUCAAGUAGCUCUACCAAAGUUCCCCCCAGUCCAGCUAUCUCCAGUGAACGCAAAAAGAGUUCCACUCCCUCUGCUAAUAGUAUCCUGUCCACGGGCACGAGCCGCAGCAGAAAUUCCCCCGUAUCUGAAAGAGCCACUCUGGGAGUGCAAAACGGCAAGGACAGCCUAAACACCCCCGGGUCCCGCGCCUCCACGGCCUCGGCCGGCGCCGUGCUCUCCUCAUCUUCCUCUUCCUCACGCACCCGCCAUCACAAGUCCCUCUCCACCUCCGCCCAUCCUUGCCCCGCAGACCUGCACUCACACCGGCCCAGUGAGCAGAGGGCACCUGGUGCAUCCCCGUCAGCCCACAAUAUCAGCAGCGCAGCUGGGACAGACCGUACCAAUUUCCCUAGAGGGGUGCCCACCCGCAACACCUUCCACCUCGGCCAGCAGCGGGGCGCACGGGACCAACAGGCUUCUCCUUACCAUGGAGCCCCCGCCUCACCUUCCCUGUCCCACGGAAACAGCCAACAACGACGGCCUGGGGCUUCCGGCAUCUUCAGCAGGUUCACCUCCAAGUUUGUGCGCAGAUCUAUGCUCAGCAGUGCAGAGAAGUCGGAGAAGACCAGCGUAGGGCCGGAAGACGACAACAAAGACUCUUCUUUCUCCCCGGAGGGCGUGUCCUCAGUUAAAGACCAGGUGAAGCCUCGCUCCCUCCGCUUCACCUGGAACAUGAAGACCACAUCUGCCUUGGAGCCCAGUGAGAUGAUGAAGGAGAUUCGGAAGGUUCUUGACGCCAACAGCUGCGAGUACGAGCUGCGCGAGCCAUUCAUGCUACUGUGCGUGGCUGGUAGCCCCGUCCGUGACGACUUCGUCCAAUGGGAGAUGGAGGUGUGCAAGCUGCCCCGCCUCUCACUUAAUGGUGUGCGCUUCAAGAGGAUAUCCGGAACGUCUAUUGCCUUCAAAAACAUCGCCUCCAAAAUCUCCAAUGAGCUGAAACUUUGAGAGGAAAAGGAGAUGAGAAAAUGCAAGUGAAAAGUAGCAUGGUAAAGAGUCUCUGAACAGGGAUGAGUGAGGAUCGCAUUGCUCAAACACAGCCUGCUGGUAUGGGUAGGUGUAGAGAGAGAUAUAAGAUCAGAUUCAAUUAGCACACUGGCCCUUCAUUCCUGCUCAGUUUUGGAAGAGUAUUCUCUGCAGGUUCUUGGUUCAUUGGCCUAAAUGUGUUCAAUUCAGAAAGGCGCCAAGUCACGACGGGGUUUGUUUCUGCAGAAAAUGAAUUUUGAACUAAUUUCGGUCUCUUCGUACACUCACACACAUAUGCACCUGUUGCCUAUUGAAAUGGACAGAGCUUAAAAAGCCAAACUUGAAAGAGGUGUGGCCAUUGACUUGAGAAACUAAAGUAUUCACAGGGUGGAGGUGGGCAGUUUGGGACUGAUGUUUGUGCCCCCUUUUAUUUCUUCCUCUUAUUCUGUCGACAGGGUCAGAACUUGAUCAACAUUGAGAGGACUGUAAAUUCUGGUUAAGGUGAUUUUAAUUCUCAAUCGGCUGGGUUUAGAUCUGCUGCACUGGAAUGGGUGAAUUUCUGUUGCCUUUUUAUUUUCUUAUAGAAAUUAAAUGUUUCAUUGUUGUGUUUACCAAUGAUUAUGUUUUAAUAUUAUUCUUAGGAAAAACAAAUUAAUCUUUUUUUUUCUUUUUUUUUGUGCUCUCGUGUUAUUGAUUGUGCUAUGCCUUUGUAUAACAAAAUGUCUGAAAAAGCACCACCUGACCCUUUCACACUCUUGCCCCAUUUUGUUGCAAAGGAUUAUGGGCCAGCAAGUACUCUUCUCACACUUAAACCAACAAAGUCACUGGAAAAGACAUUAAAAGGACUCAAUUCAUGCAACUAAUCAUUCCCAUGCCAUUUUCAUGACUAAAGAACUGAUGUCAAGUUGUUCUUCUCUGCAUUUAAAACACAUUUCAUGAUUCAAGCCAAGAACUUUCCACCUCAGUCUCGUCUGCGGGUCAACUUUUUGGCAUUAAGCAUUUGAUGGUUCACUCUUUAUGAAAAUGUGUCGUGAUUGAAUGUGUAUGAGAGAUGGAGUGUCGUGUCUGAAUAACCAAAAGGCUUGCUUAGUUUCAUAUUCAAUGCAGAGACUAUUAAUAUGUAGCCUUGACACAAAAAGUAACUGCCAUGAAGAGUCAAAUAUUGGCGUUCUGUUAAUUCCAAUAUUUUGUUGGCAUUAUCUUUUCACUAUUGAAUUGUCAUUCUUGCACAAGCAGAUCAGUAAUUUGAGCAGACAGGAAUCAACCUGUAGAAUUGUCUGCAUAAAAGAGAAAAAGGUACACUCGUUCUGAGCUAGAGAGUCAGUGUGUUUCCAUGCAUUUCUGCUGAGCUGUACAUGCUUGCAUGCACCCUCUAGUUGACAUCAGGUGCACUGUCACCUCUGUUGUUGUGUAAAAAGGAAGGGGGUUAAGAUCAGAUCUCCUUAAAAAGUCUGUCACCAGUUUGGGGGACAGCUGUGCACAUGUGUGUUUUAUAUCUUCAUAGAAAAUGUACUUUGCUGUUCUCACAAACGAUCAUUUGUUGAAGGUGCUGGGGAUCCAAUUAUCUUAAGCAUUGUUUGUUUUUCUUCAGGGUUGAUUAUUUUUAUCCAUUCAAGUUUUUUGUUGCUGUAAUUUUAUUAUUUGUGUCAGACACUUUGCUGUUGGUUUAGGGGGGCUCGCAUAGAAUUUCCACAUAUGUUUUUUUUUUUUUUUUUUUUCUACUUUUUGUGCAAAGAUGAUUAUGAUCAAUGAUAGUAAUAAAACAAAUUCAAGCUCACUGUAUUAAACUGAUGCAUUAUGUUCUGACAUUUAAUAUACCUAUUUUUGGCAUCUCUGAAGGUAUGUUUGAUAGCUAUUCUCUUGAAAUACUUGCUUGUAAUUGGUGUAUAGUAAUAAUUGUGUCCUUACCAGGUGCCAGAAGUUAAUAUAGAUAUUUUUUAAUGUAGAUAUUUUUUGGUCCUAAACCAGGGCUUUCCAAUCUUUUAGAGGAACUAAAAGAAAGAAAAAAAGAAAUUGUACAAUCCGUGUAAUUCAUGCCAUGCUCACACACUUGGCAUGAAUAUCAUCUGUAACAAGUGACAAAAUUAAAAAAUAUAUAUAAACGUGGUGACAUUACUUUGGAAAGGUAUAUUAUAGAUGAUACAAGUUUCAACUCGAGGAAGCGUUUUUUCUGUCAAAUCUUAAUUAUUGCUCUGGUUACUAAUAUAUCCUCGGUUCCCUGAGAUAAAGGAAUGAGCAUCACAUCACUGACGCUUAUGGGGAAACUUCUGUUUACUCUGAUACUGAAGCCUGAUUUGCUCAUGUUCGUGUAACUGCACGAGCCAAUGGCUUUUCAACAUGCCGAAAGGGGAGGAGCCAACUGCUAUAUAAGUUCAGUCAGAAUCUUUAGAAUUUAGUGAAGUAUCCUUCACUUCAGAACAUUCAUUCAUGGAUUUGCGCUGCACAAUGUCUUCACACAAGGACAAGUGUGACAUCAUAUACCUCGGUAAAUAAGUACAAUUUAAAUACACGUCUCACACACUUCAAUGCACUUUGAAUGGAACAUAUACCUUAACUUAAAACUGGAAUCAUGGGGGAAUAUCCUGUGAUGUCUACUUCGCAGGGCACUUGCAUUCGAAUAGAACAAAUGUCUGAAGCAAUAAGAGAGACAUACAAAAUGUGUAGACGGGGUCGCGAGGACUGGAAUCGAGAAUCGCUGGCCUAUGCAAUGCUCAUUCCUUUAUCUCAGGGAACAAAGGUUGCGUUAAUAAUAGGAGCAUUCUCUUUCGAAUGGUCUUUCCUUCUGACUCUUAUGUGGAACACAUCCAAUAAUUUACUAUGAGUAAGUGCAGGACAAAGCCACAUCCCAAUUUUAAAAAUCUUGGAAAAGUAGACUUUGACGACCAGUCGGUGGCUGCACAAAUUUCACCAAUAGAAAUCCGACUGGACCACACCCCAGAUGAGGCCAUUCCUCUGGUGGAGUGGGCUCACACAACAAUAGGACACUGCAAGCCCGCUAAGAUGUGAGCCAGGGUUACAGCUGCUCUGAGCCCCUAAAUGGGCAGGAGAGCUCAUACACUCUAAGAGCCCAAACCAGGCAGAGUGAAUUAGGACCCUAGCUGGAAAAAUUUAUUUUUGUAUUUGUCUUUUCUUGCAUUAUUGAAAAAUGAUUUUCCUGUUAAGCUCUUCCUGUUUAUUUACACUGUAAAGCUUCUUUGACACAAUUAGUAAUGUAUAAAGCACUAUAAAAAAUAAAGAUGAGAUGGCUUGA